AUGUCGCACGAAUUGGCGCAUAUGGGCCCUCGGGCCUUCAACCAUGACCAAAGUCGCGACGCCGAAGAAGAGUACGAUCGGCUCCGCAACCUCGCUCGCCAGGAAGCCUCGAAGCGCAACUCAUGUUUCCAGCGGUCGCAAGACGCAUACUCGAGCGGCGAUGGCGCCGGCGCCAAACAGUUCUCGGAGGAAGGCAAGGCGCACGGCCGCAAGAUGGAUGACUACAACAAGCAGGCGUCCGAGUUCAUCUUCCGCGAGAACAACUCCAACGGGCGCGUCGCCGCCGAUACCAUCGACCUGCACGGCCAGUUCGUCGAGGAGGCCGAGGAGAUUCUCGAGGAGCGGAUCAAGUACGCCAAAGCGCAUGGACAGAACCACCUGCACGUCAUCGUGGGCAAGGGAAAUCACUCUGCGCACCACGUCCAGAAAAUUAAGCCGCGCGUCGAGCGAGUCUGCCGUGAGCUCGGCCUGCAGUAUGCCACCGAAGAGAAUGCCGGCCGCGUCUACGUCAACCUCACCGGCGGCCAGGCCGUCAUGCCGCCGUCGACGCACCAUGGCUCGCACCAGCAGUACCCCGGCCAACAGCACCAGCCGCACCACCAGCAACAGCCGCAGCAGCAGGAUGAGAUCGAGCAGGUGGUCAACGCGCUGCUGCCCAAGGUCAUGCGGAAGCUGGAGAAGGCUUGCUGUGUGGUGAUGUGA